UCGAAGGCAGACGUAGGGGAGACGGUUGCGGGAUCCCCGGCAACCGGAGUGCGUCCGUGGAAGCGGCGAGCUGGUAGGCUGUUGUUUCGCUUCCCUCGGCCCUGUGAGCAGCGCUGAGGCGGCGGAGCGGCACCGCUGGGAGCUGCAGCGACCCUCGCGUUCAGCGCCGAGCAUUCGCAGAGCGAAAAAGGGUGGAAAAAGCUGUUUUUCUUCAUUUUCUGGCCUCCGUCCCGCUUGGCCCCGGGUUGGCGCCUUCAUCCUCCACUGCUGCCCGUGAGCCUCUGGAGGAGCCUCUUUCCAAGAGGAGCCGGUGUGGAAUUCCUCCUCCAUCCCUGAUGCCAGGGGCGAGGAGAGGCGGGAGGAAGGAGGACAGGAGCCCACGGCCCGGUGCUUUAACCGGCCUAAUUUUUGCCUGUUAAAAAAGUGCCUGAUGCAAGUGCUCAUCGCCUCUGUAGAAGCUUGAAAGCCUGCAGAGGCUCUGGUGAGAACUUCUGUGCCACUUCAACUCUGCCCCUGGCUUCCACAGCCCCUGUGGAGCGUGUGGGAGCCAUGGCACGACGGAUGGGGUUUGUCGGUGACCAGAUCGUUCUGGAGGAAGAAUACGAUGAGACGUACAUUCCUAGUGAGGAAGAUAUCCUGAGUUAUGCUCAGGAGAUCGGGAUUGACCCCGAGAAGGAGCCGGAGCUGCUAUGGCUGGCCAGGCAGGGCAUGACGGCUGUCUUACCGCCCGAGUGGAAGCCCUGCCAGGAUGUCACUGGUGAGGUCUACUACUUCAACUUUGUCAGUGGAGAGUCCUCGUGGGAGCAUCCCAACGAUAUCUACUACAAGGAGCUGGUCAUUCAGGAGCGGGAGAAGCUGAUGGUGCUUGGCAGCUUGAAAAAGAAGGAGAAAAAGAAGAAGGGAAAGAAAGAGAAGAAAAAGGAGAAACGGUUGCUGAAGGAACCCCCAUUGUCAGGCUCCCAGCUAGCACCUAUCCAGGCGCCCCUGGGCAAACUUGCACCCCUGCAUGGGCACGUGCUGCCUUCGGCCAGCAUCCUUCCCGGGUUGCCCGUCUCGGACAUGGAGAACUUGAUGGACUUCAGCCUUCUGACCAGAGGAGAAAAGCAGGGAAGUCUUCCCUGGAAGCACUCCAUGGAGAGCACACUCUGCAACAAAUUGCAGCCUGUGGAGACCCGCAAGCCUGCCAGCCAGACCAAGGAGCCCUUGGGCUCGGUCAGCAAAAAGAGAUCUGACAACACAGCAUCCCUAGAUGAAGGGAAAAAUGAAGAGGAUGGAAGUGAGAAUGAGGAGAACAGCAGAGCAGAGGAGGAACGCUGCACCAGCCGGUUAGCUAAUGCUGCUGACGCUGAUCUCCAGCACCGGAGGAGUCCUGCGGAGGCAGCUGGCAGCCUGGGAGAGAAGGAGUCUUCUAAAUCAAGACACUCUGAAGAAGGGCAAGAGUCUUCCCUGGAUUCUGACGCUGCGUGCCCUCCCACUCCCAAUGAAGUCCUUCCCGGAGAUGCUGACAGUAGCCUGUCUGGCCAGAGCAAAGAGGAGUUCUCUGGGGAUGGGCUACUGGGCAAGGAGGAUUCAGAGAUGGAUGAUGAUGUCUCUGUGGGAGAAAGGAGCACAGCAGGGAUGCAUGUGCCCGGUGGUCCUGGGCAACCUGGAGUUGCAUCUCCAGCUGCUGAGGAGGCAGAUCCACUGGCGAGCUUGGCUGCCACUGCCAACACCGUGUCUGGCAAUGAAGAGAUAGCGAAGGAAAAACAGGAAGAAGAAUCAGCUGAGCUGGAAACAGACGGCAGGCUGGAUGAUGGCAAAGCAUCAGAGAUCAGCAACUGCAAGGAGGACUUGCAAGUCUCCAAAGGCUUGGACCGUGAGCUAAAUUGGCCUCUGGGCUUGGAUUUCCAGAGUCGGCUUUCAGAGCAUGUGCUGGAUGCAGAGGCUCUGCUUCCUGUUCGGGACAGCCCCAUGAGCAAGGCUCAGGAGCUGGGAGAAGAGGAAAAAGACCAAAGCAAAGCCAGUACAGAGAAAGAGCAAAGCAAAAGAACAAAAGCUGCUGAGAGUGAGAAGGACCCAAACCCUUGUGAAACACCAGAAGAGAAACGUUUCACUUUAGACAAUCCCAGUCCAGAGGAGCCUGGGACGCAGGAGCCAGAGGAGGGAUCGCAGGAUAGCCUACGCGAUGUGGAGGAGCUUGCUGCCCUGCAGAGCGCGGAACCUGAGAAGGAGAUCACACCUGAGCUGUCCUUGAACAAAAGCCGUGAAGAAUCCCUGGACAAAGUAGCCAAGGAGCUGGAGCUGGAGCUCGAGAAAGAGAAAAUGCGUUUAUUGCAAGAAAAGGAGAAGAAAAUUCAGCAAUUCCAGGAGGAGAUGAGGCAGCAAGAGGAGGAGGCAGCUCAGAAGCUUCAUCAGCAAAAAGAAAAAUCCCUCAGGGCUCUAAAAGAUUUGGCAAAGACUUUUGAGGAGGAAGAGUCGAGUGUCAGAAAGGAAGGAACUGAGAGACUCUCAGAGCUGCGAGCCAAAAUUGCCUCAGAGACCGAGGCAGAGGAGGAGAGGAUGAGGGCAGAGCAAGAAGUUGCACUGCAGAAACUGAGAGAAGAGUGGGAAUCCCGUCAGGCGAUGGAGAAGGAGAGCCUGGAGAGUAGGCACCAGCUUGCUUUGGAGCAAAUGAAGCUGGAAAUGGAGCAAGCUCAGCAGAAAAAGAUGACUGAGCUGGAACAAGAGAAGGAACAAUUCCUGAGUGAGGUCAAGGAGAGGCUGGACAGGGAAAAGAAGAAGGCAGCAGAAGAGCUAGAGGAGCAGUUUGCAACUGAACUCCAGCAGAUGAAGUCUGCAGCGGAAGAGAAGCAUCAGAAGGUCAUUUCCAGCCUGCAAACCCAGCUAGCGGAGGCACAGAAGAGCGAGGAGGCUCAGCUGCAUGACAGCUUGCAGAAAGCAGAGCAGAAGGCGCAGCAAAAAGCCUAUCAAGUAGCGGAAUAUGAACGUGAGGUCAGCGAGCUUAUGAGAGAGAAACGACAGGAAGUAGAAGAAGACCAUGAGAAGAAAAUGAAGAAGAUGACGAAGGAGCACGAGUUGGUCCUAGCACAGAUUCGGAAUCAGUAUGAGGAGGAGGAGAGAAAGCAAAGAGCAGAGCUGUUGGAAGGCCUGCAGAGCGAGACGGCGCGUCUCCGGCAGCUUCAUGAGGCGGAGGUGAAAGCUCUGCAGGCAGAACUGGAUGAGCAGCUUACUGCAUUGCAGCACAGGCAUAAGGAGAAGGAAAGGAGAGUCCAGGAUUCAGAAAACAAGCUUGAAAUGCGUGUGAAGAACAUCAAAGCCAGAUCAGCACAGCUCCUCAGCCAGGAGGAGGCUCUGAGGAAGAAAAGGCAGCAGCUGCUGGAUGAAGACCGACAGGCUGAGCAGGGAAGAGAUGAGGCUGCUUCAGCUUUUCAGCUCCGCCUAGAGGAGAAGAAGAAGGAGCAUGCCAGCCUCCAGGAGUCCAUCUGGCAGCUGCGCAGGUCUCUUGAAGAGCUCCAAGAUCAGAAAGCUGAGCUGGAGGCUGAGGUGGAUUUGUUGCAGACGCGACGCCAGAGGCUGCAGAAAUACGUCAGCAAGCUGGAUGCAGCGAUCAAGAGCAAACGGGAGACUUUGAAAGAACUGGAUGGAGAAGAAAGUGUGGAAUCUCCAGGAGGGAAACCUGAGCUCCAUGUCCAAGACCUGAAAGAAGCCAUUCAAACUCCGUCAUCCAGAGAUCCUGCUUCCCCACCCUCUCAAGGCCACGAGGACAGCGACUUCAAGUUCGAUCAUGUCAAGAGCUACAUCUCUGCUGAAGGGAUCUCCAUCCAAAAUGCCAAAGAGUUUCUGGUGCGCCAGAACCGCUCCCUAAGGAAGAGGCACGCGGCGCUGAGAGCUGCAAAGCAGCAGUGGUGCCAGGAUAUGAAGAAAGCCCAGGAGGCGGCGCAGGAUCCUGACAGAUCCCAGCUCCUGGAGGGGUUGCGCAAGAACCUGGAAGAGGAAGCAAAGCAAUUGGACCAGAUGAAGUCAGCUGUGCAGAACGGGCAGGUGCUGCUGAAGAAGAAAGAGGAGAAACUAAGCCAGCUGGAGUCCUCACUGCUGGAGGAGCUUUCAGAUGAAGAUACGCUGAAGAGUGCUGUGUGCAAGAAGAUGGUGGCCUUUGAACUCAGCAACUCUGAGGACACAGACAGCAUGUCUAGUGUUAAACUACAUCUGCCCAAAUCUGAUCUGAGAACCGAUCUGCAGCCGUCCCCGCGGCUGGACGAGAUCCAGUACUUGACCAAGGCUUUGCAGCAUAUCACUGGUGAACUGAAUGGGGUCAUUGGCGUCUUGGAGUCUCUGAACACCCACCACUCUCCAUGCUUCACCUCAAUGCCCUGCAGGGUCCCUCUUUCCACCUCCUUGGCAGGACUCCGGCCAGGUGGCUCCGUGGUCCCUCCCGCUGGGAUGUCUCUGGACCCUUUGGCCUGGAGCACCGGGCUGAGCUGUAGCCGCUGUUCUGCACACGGGCAGUCAGUGGACAGCUUCCUGGCAGAGAAAUGGCACAAGUAUUUCCCAGGUGGGUUCCCAUCGCUCGGUGAAAGUUCCAGGCCUCUGGACAACAUGCUGGGAUACGUACCUGCAGAAGAGCAAAUCCGGCUGUCCCAGCACUCCCAGUUCCAGAGGUGUGACUCAGACACGAUGAACAUUCAGGGAAUGAUUAAUAACAACAAGAAAUGGCUGGAAGAUUUCAGGAGAGAUUCAAAAGUUCCUCUCUGCCCGGGGGCUCCUACCAGCAACCCCAGACUCCUUCAGCUGGGGCUGGAUGGAAAAGGGGAAAUUAACUUGUGCCAUUACUAAAAGGAGAAGCGGAGGAAGGAGGAAACGAACUUCCCAGGUGGAUUCUUCUAAUCCUGUGAUGUGUCCAAAUAUACUUUAUAGACUGUUUAAUCCAGCAGUGAAAUAUUAGGGCUUCAAUAAAUCAACAGUUCUCUCAUCAGUAUUCAAGCCAUCGUGAGCCGAAACUGUGAAUCAUGAGGAACUUUGAGUAACUGGUCAAGGGGGAGGAUGUGAAUCUGGCUGAGGCUUUGCUAGAGGGAAGGUAUUGGGAAAUGAGCUCAGGGAAUGCUUAAUUACAGGUGAGCCAAGUCAUCUGGUGUGUGUGUGAGCAGGGGAGAAGGACAGGGACACAGCCGUGGAGUCUGAGGAUGGAAUCAGGGAAUGGCAAAUAGUGGCUCUCAGGAAAUCGCUGAGAAUCACUGAGUGCUUUGGGUUGGAAGGGACCUCAAAGCCCAUCCAGUUCCACCUCCUGCCGUGGGCAGGGACACCUCCCAAUGGAUCAGGGUGCUAAGAAACGUUCCUCUCCUUUGGGGUGGAAAUAAUAGGAACUGAACUGGGGUGCUUUUCACAGCAGAUCUUCGGGAAAAGUACUCCCUGCUCCCUCUUCUUCCUGCCACGUGUAGCUGUGCCGUGGGAGCUCUUCUCCCACGUUAGGGAUAUGCAAGGCAGAGCAGGGAUGGAGCAGAGUGUGUGGGGCUGUGUCUGCUGGUGCCUUAAGGAAGGCAGCUUAGUGUGAACGUUGAGACAAAGCCCCACCUGCGUCCUUCCAUGCCCUGGGGAGAGCGACCAGGAGCUCAGCUCAGCAGCUGGGGUCUCCUUGCUCACAGCAGGGGUGGGAAGCAAACCCGAGCCCUCGGUGCCCAGCCUGGAGCCUGGCCUUGAGCUUCUGCCACGGCUCUGCUGGGCUCCUGGAAGAACAGCCCUCGGGAGACCAUGAAACAGGCUCUGCAGGGCUGGAAACGCAACCGAGGUGCUGAGUGCGCAGCUUGCAGACCUCAGCUGCGAGGCGGUGGCUCGUUGCUUUGCUCCCCGGGUGGCUGCAGUGGUGGUUGCUCCCUUGGAGAGACUCCGUCCGGAACACAUCACCGUCGAGCUGGGAGGGGGCAGAUGGUGCUGCGCCAACCACCAGGGAGAAGUCAGGCCUGGCUUUCAUACCGCUGAGUAGGGAACGCAUUGUCUCUGUCAGUAUUUCCUCUAAGCUGACUUUAAAUAUUUUAUGCUUUAAAAAACGCCAAAAAACGCUUGCCAUUUUGCCUGAUGAAGAAGCCUGCGUUUCAAGGGAUCCCAUCUGUGGGAAACCGCCUCCAAAGCUGUUCUCUCUAGAGGCUGAUGCAGGGUGGGUGGAGAGGCUGCUGCUCUGCACCCUUCUGCGCUGUUCGUGUUCCUUGGUGCGGGUAAUGAUGUGCAGCAGAGUCGAGCAGAUCCCCCUCCUGAUCCACCUCCUGGGGGGUGUGUGCUGGCAUGACACCACAGCAGCUCCCACUGACCGCGGCACGGGAAUGUUUACAUGCAAAUAGAAUUAUUUUUUUACCGAACAUUAUUGUAAAACUCUGAAGAAUAUCUAAAUAUAUAUAUUUUUUGCUGAUUUUCUUAGAAUUUUUUUAAUUAUUUCGCCAGCCUUCGUCCUGAGAUGGCUUGAUCAUCCGUUUGCGUUCACGUUCUCCCACUUUCUGCUCACUAACAAAGCGCGGGGUGGUUCUGGAGGCAUCACGUCCUGCUGGUGCCCAUGAGGAGAUCCUAGCUGGCUCUCCCUUACUUUGGCUGAAUCUGCCUACAGGGAAUUGCAGCUGCCCAGAGGAUUCCCUCUGUAGGAAAGGAUGGAUCCAAUUCCCGUCUGCUGUCGGAUUGCGCCAAUCCGUGUCUGUAGGCAUCUUGCUUUUAGUUUCUUGGGUGUUGGUGGGAGACCUGUCAGUCCUUCCAGUUGGUAUUUCGGAAGAGGACCCUGCGGUUCUGGCGCUGUGGAGCACGGGGAGGCUGUCAGCCCCGUGGAUGUUGUGCCCAGAGCGGCAUCACCGACUCCCCACCAUGUGUUUGGAGAAGUGUGUAUUAGGCAGGCAGAGAAAUAACAGGUUUCUCAGCAAUAACUUGGCUUGAAACAUGUUCCUUCUUCCUGUUAAAACCUGUGACAGCAGCUGUAUCUGGCUUUGUACCUAAAUUAAAUCAACUUGAGCUUGUUCUGCAUGAUGGCGAUGUUUGUAGCUCUGUUUUUUCUUGCCGAGAUGUUCUGUUGUAGCCCUCGCUAUCCAGCUUGUUCUUCCCUUUCACAUCUUCCCCUCGCUUGUCUCUGGGCUGUUUCAUGUUUUGUCUCCUCAAGGUCAUUUCUGGCAAUUUCCAAGACCACUUCAGCUCACUGUGCCUUUAUUACCAUUAUUCCGUUAAGUACCUGGCCUGGGCAGCGAAUGCAGGGGCAGAGAGAAAGCUAAGAAACACAAGUACAAAAGCAAUCCUUCAUGGGGCUUUCAGCCAGCGGGGCAGCUUUUCAUGGGCUCAUGUUGUGCCCCUUUCAUAAAGCCAUCAUCCACUCUCGUUACAAUGGUUCUUGCUCUGGAGCUUUGUCUCGGCGCUGGAGGACAGGUUGUGUCCAAGGACGGCUCCGCUGGGUACCCAGGGAGGAGCUGCCUGCAGGACAGGCAGAGGGAUUUGGGGCUCUGCCAGAGAGGAUGGGGAGUGCUUGGGAAAUGCGGCUGCAGGGAACACGGCUUUGCUCCGGAGCUGCUCCCCAGCAUCUUGAGAUGUGUUAAAACUGGCAAACUCCACAGUCCAGCUGUUGCUUCUGCUUUCUCCAUGUGCUUCAGAGCAGCUGUGGGGUACCCCUAGGUGGGGGGCCCUGCCGGAAUCGCUGAUCGGCAGAAAUCGGGCAGCUCUGGGGAUGGGCUUUUCUCUUCCCAUGGCUCCUUCCUGCCUCCUUCCAGCAGCCCCGGGAUACCCCUAGCAGCUCUUCCCAGCUGGGUGUGUUAUAAUAUGGUCAUAAUAGCAUCAUAAUAUGAUUUAAGCUACUGGUAUGACUGCAAAGAUAGGGUUGGAAGCGCCCUUAAAGAUCAUCUAGUUCUGCUCAGAGGAUGCAUGAGGCUCAGGGGCUGAGGUGCUGCUGCACAGAGUGGAGCUGUGCCAGUGGAGCUGGAAAGGCAGGAGCACCAUUGCUGCUGUGGGCAUGGAGAGCCCCGGGAGAUGGAGUACACAAGGCACAGGAAGAACGCUGUGUGGAUCAGCUGGCCGUGCAGGAACGGAGGCUGAUGGGUAGGUGCACAUCUUUAAAAACAAAACACAAACCACCACCAAAACUUGACUCAGCUCAGUUCUUCGUCCGUGCCCACUGGUGAGCUGUGAUCAGCACGACUGGAGGAGCUCUGAUGGCAACGCGCACUGCCCUUGUAUGCACUUUUGGGGACAGAUCCCCAACCCCGCUGCCGAGGCAGCUGCUGUGCUGAGAGCACAGGGUGGCUCUGAGACACCCAAAGCCCCACCUGAGCUGUAGGUGCCAUCUGGGCUUGGAGGCUCUGCUCUAAUCCUGCAGUCCGGAGCAGCAGAGCCCUGUGCCAGCUCAGGCGUCUGAGAUGCCGGGUGUUUGCGUGCCUCCGUGCGCGCUGCGUGUGGACGGAGAGAAGAGGAUUUGCUUUUCCUGGAAUGCUGGCGCUGUAUAUGUUGGAGAAACUCAGUGAUUAGAAGAGCAAAAGGACAGCGCACGAUUACUUUGCCAAGAUGAACGCUAGCUGUAAGCUCAUUAAGGGGCUUGGAGUCUGCCUGUGGGAGAAGGGGUGUUUCAGUCCCUGGAUAUUCCGAGCCCGUUGUGCAUCGCUCCCAGAGCUGUGAAUUCCAGGAACAGCAGGAGCCCCUCGGAGAUCCCAGCCAUGCUGGCAACCCUGAUGACAGCGCUGUUCUUUGUGGUGAGAGCCUUCGGACAGCUUGGGACCAGCCUGUUCCAUGAGGAGCCGCUGCCGUACCUCGUGUACCAGCCCCUGCCCUGGCAGAUCCAGUGCGUCACGCAGAGCCGCCGCACCAGCCGGGACAGCGAGAGAGGCCGGAGCUCUCGGCACAACAGCAUCUACUCGAUUUCUGGAGAGAAAGGCAACACGACUCCCGAUGCCAACAGCGAGGGCAAGUUCUUCAGCGAUCCUUCGGAGAAGGCAGCCAUCACCAUCCAGACCCACUUCAGGAGAUACCAGCAGCAGAAGCAGGAGAAGAAGUAGAUCCUUCAGCCGCCUGUGCCCUGCGCUAUCCCUCUUUUUCUUUUUGUCUGUUCUGUACCCCAGACCUUCGUGGCCUUUGGUGACUGUGAACCCCCUCCCUGAUGUGUAGUUCUGUUGCGUGCGCAGGUGUAGAUUCUCUGACGUUUGCAUUGGGGCUCAGAGCAAGAUCUCUUCCCUGGUCGGUCGUUCCCAUGGUGGGGCAGGGAACAACUGGCGAGGGGCUGUCUGAUGGGACCUCAGCACCCAGGGAGUGGCAGAGGAUGGAGAAGGGUUUCCUUGGUGGCAACAUCCCCAGCUGCAUCAUGUCUGGUUUGGGCUGGAGUUCCAAACCCAGCAGCUGUGGGUGGAGGGUCCCUCACAGCUGAUGGUGAUUGUGGCUGCCCAGCUGGGGCUGGUUUUCUGCAGAAAUAGUCCUCCCCUGCACCCUCCAUCUCCAUUUUGCCUCUGGAGCUGGGGUGGAACAACUGCCUUUGUCCGCAGAGGUGCAACAGGAGCUGAGCCGUGAGCUGGUCUUACUUUUCUUGGGGAGAACGGCUUGGGGUGCCCUGGUUUCAGAGCAGGGGUGGGUGGGAUUCUGUCUCCCGUGGCUGUGUGUGCUGAGGUUGAACCUGCUCUCUUUCCUGAGCCAGCCCUUUGUGAGCAUUUGGGUCAGCGCUCGCUGUCACCCAACCACCCUGUCCUGGUCUUUUGGUUCAGAAAAGCCCAACAAGGGACCCGCUCCCAGUCUGGUGGGGCAGGACCCCAGGGUCAUCUUGGGGUUUAGCACUCAUUUUCCAGUGCUGACUUUUAGAGGGUGCAAAGUUGUUGAGAAAGAGGGGAAGCUGAAAGCACCAAGUUCUGGGCCAGGGGAGAAACAAGAGGAGGUUUGCUGUGAGCAAAGGGUGGGAGUGAGAAGUUGUUGAGGUGCUGGUGCUCUGUGGGAAGGAGCAAGGGCAUGGAGGAGCUGCUGGCUGUGACCAGGGCUGCUUUUGAGGGUGUUCUCAGCUGCUGCUUUGCUGGGCAUGAUGCUGGAGUCUCUGCACAGAGCUGCUGAGCUGUGCCCCAGAGCCCUGACUGCUUGCAGGAUGCCCUUUCUGCCCUCUCCAGCUGUGAAAGUCCUCAGGUUGUCUUAGGAGGGCUCCAUCCCCACCUGUCCCUGUUUAUCCCCAGCUCAUAAGUGCAGGUGUUUGGUGUUUGGUUUCUGCUGGUGCUCAGGAGCAGAGGUCUCCCUGGAAAUCUGGAGUGUCUUACACUAUGCCAAACCAGGGAUGGCAACUGCUGGGGGAGGGAGGGUGGAGACUUCUUGCAGAGAAGGAGAUCUGUUGUAGCCAAUUCCAAUAAAGAUCUGUUAAUCAGUGUUGAUCUGUCCUUUUUAUCUUGCUGAUCCACUUACAGCUGAGACACCCUUGUCUUUUCUUGCCUCUUCUAUUUAAAGUCUGGGAUUGGCAUUUUGAAGGUGCUCCAGGGUUGCCUGGCUGUGACACUGUAUAAACUCUACACCCUGUAAAGGUUUUGAAGCCAAAUGUGCACUGAGCUGUUGUUGAAACUCUUGGAAAAAUGCUUGGGAAAUGCUAGUUCUCUCCUCAGCUCUUCGCUCUGAUCUCUGGGAG